CACAGGUGGAGAUCAUACAACAAUUGGAGUCUAGAGAUAGCCAUGAAACCAUCAAGCGUAUUCCUGCUAGCCAUUGGAUGCCUUCUGGCCCUGGCCAGCGAAGUGAGAGGCGAAUGCUGCCGUGCCUCGCUGACCAUCACCUACACAGUUGACGGCGGCCAGGACUGCGGGAUCGCAGGAGGACAUGGCAACAAGGAUAGAUGUACUAUUACUGUCUGCGCCGAUGGCCGGGCCCAGGUGGGCACCUAUUGCGGCCGAAGCUCUUGCAACCUAUUCGGCUGCGCUUGCAAGAAGGGCUGCCUGACUGGCGAUUGGCUAAAUAGUUUCAUCAAGAACAACAACGGUCAUGAAAUCAAGGUUCUGGAACAGAAGUGGAAUACAUAAUAUAAGAGAGAAUAUGUCAAUUUAAUCCUUCAAUAUGCGCUAUUAUUUACUCUAUAAAUAAAAUCAAUAGCCCUGCA